AUGGACUUUGACGCAACACUCGAGCGUCUGAAUGCGCUUAAGCUGCAAGAAUCACGCUCUAGUUCGCCUAAUCAAACGUUUACAAGCCAACACGUGGAGCAGACGACACAACUCCAACAUGAAGUAUGGCGACUCCGGGAAGAAAACAAACGUCGUGUGCUCGAGCAAGAGCGGCAGAUGCAGCGUUGGCAGCAGGAAAUGAGAGAAAUACAGACACGUCUGGAGGCCUCUGAGCAUCAGAACCGUCUACUGAAGGCGACACUGGGUGAGGUGAAUACAUACAGACAUCAGAGCGAGACACAAGAGCUUGUGAUCGAAGAGCUCCAGACUCAGAUCAAGCAGCUUCGAAUGACUAACUAUCGACUGCAAUUUAUGGUGCAGCAGAAUGAUCCUCGAGGUCAAGGUUCUUUUCUGCCACCUCCACCUCCAGAUAUUUUCUGA